UAAGUACCUAGGUUUAGUAUGCAUCGCUCAAGCAGAAAAAAAAAAAAAUAUUUUGCUUGGACUUGAGAGCCCAAAAAAAAAUACCAUCGUCACCAUUCUUUCCACAAUUACCACCCUUUUUAGACACGAUCCGACAGGCGUGCUGUCCUUCACGCCUUCUCUGUAUUAUACCUCUCAACUUUGUCUAAUCAAUCUUUCCAAAGUUCUACGGUACAUUCGCUUGUCACCGAUCAACGUCCGUCUGGGGUAAAACUGCAUCGUGUGUGUUGCUCCAGUUGUACGAUACAGAGAUCUUCACUCACAGCUUGGCGUCAAGACAAUUAUAGACCUGGGUUGAUUAACGGGCUUCCAUCUUCCUUCUCGACCUAGUACUUGUAAUUGCCUUGUUGAUUUUCCUUCAUCAUGGCCGACAACCAAGAGCCCCAGAACACUUCUGCUGCCGAACCUGCUGCUGUAGAAUCACGAUCUGUAAAUGACCAGCCUACAGCCGAAAACAAUGACGAAGGCGUUGAAGAAGAUGUAGCUGAAGCUUUGUUCACAUUGGCAAUCAGCCUACCUCAUGAGCCGAGCAAGAUCCAUGUCAUGGUCUCCCCGUCAGAACAAGUGCAUGAGCUGCGUCAAUCCGUCAUUGAGCUCCCUGCUGCAUUCCAGUAUUCUUGCUUCCACUUCGAGCACGACGGCGAACGCAUCAACGACUUUGUCCAGAUUUCAGACGUCAAAGGCUUGGGACCAGAAGCAGAAAUUCGACUGGUAGAAGACCCAUACACAGAGAAGGAAGCAAGAAUACAUGUUAUUCGAAUUCGUGACCUCGUUGGUGCCGCUGGGGAUAGAACCGAUACGCUGCAAGGCGUUCUUGCUGGUGCUUCUCUCUUCGACUCUGUUACCACCGAGUCGAAGAAUGUUGACAAUGCACAAGCCAGUGCCUAUGAGUUCGAAGCACUUGCAAAGACGUCGACUUUGUUACCCAAGGUAGAGGAAUCCGCUCCAAAGACUGUUAAAUCUAUCUCCUUGUCACCGUGGAAUCCUCCUCCCUACCACCUCCGACAAAAGGGGCACCUUCUUUACCUUCUCGUCGCAACAAAUGAGGGUGAACAAUACCAGAUUACCUCCCAUGUGGGUGGCUUCUUUGUUAACAAGUCCUCGAAUGGCAAAUUUGAUCCGUCACCUCGAGCAGCCCCCAAGGCUUACUCUGCACACUCGCUACUAACGUUAUUGAGUCAAAUAUCACCAUCCUUCUUAGAGUCCUUUGAGCAAUUGCUACAGUUCAACAACCGCAAGGACCCUCUAGCGACGUUUCAGAUGACGAAUGCAAUUCCUGCAGCGCCUUGGUUAGUGCCUUCACAGUCCUCACCAUUGUGCGCGCACAGCUCGGACAUUACGCGGACACAGGAGGGUUACCUACUGGCUGGUGUGGACAACACGGAUACGUUGCGUGAUUGGAAUGAAGAAUUCCAGGCCGCCCGAGAACUGCCCAAGGAAACCGUUCAAGAUCGGGUCUUUCGAGAACGCUUCAUUUCCAAACUAUUUGCAGACUACACUGAUGCAGCCGCCCGUGGCGCUAUACUAGUGGCAAGGGGUGAAGUUACUCCUUUAAACCCAACGGAAGGUCGUGACGCCCAAAUAUUUGUGUAUAACAAUGUGUUCUUUUCUUUUGGUGCCGAUGGCGUAGGUACAUUCACCUCGGAGGGUGGUGAUGAUGCUGCGCGUGUCGCUACUGGCAAGGAUGUGAAUGGCGUGCGUCUCGUCAAUCAACUUGACAUUGAUGGUUUAUACAGUCCCGCCACCGUUGUUGUGGAUUAUCUUGGCAAGCGUAUUGUUGGCCAAACGGUUGUCCCCGGCAUCUUCAAGCAGAGAGAACCCGGUGAGAAUUCGAUCGACUAUGGUGCUGUCGAGGGUAAAGAUGUGGUCGCCGCUGAUGAAAGGUUUGCUGCUCCAUUUGAAAAGCUUUCGCAAGCCCUCCGCGUGAAGAAGCACCCGGUGUGGGAUAAAGAUGGCAAACGGUUCGAUCUAGAAGCCAGCGUGGAAACGAAGGGUCUAAUGGGUACCGAUGGCCGAAAAUAUGUCCUUGACCUAUAUCGCAUCACCCCGUUGGAUGUAUUAUGGCUGGAAGAAAACGAUGGUGACGAGGAAAAUAAAGAAACGGGAUAUCCGCACCGCAUGACAGUUCUCAGACCUGAGUUGGUUGAAUCUAUCCGAAACAUGAAAUGGUCACUUUGGGUCAACGAAGAAGUAACUCGCAUAAAAGAGACGACAGCGAAGAAACUGGUUGAACAGGAAGCCUCAGCUGAUUCUACAGAGGAACAGGAGCAACAGGAGUCACAAGAUGCAGACCUCGAGGCUAAGAUUGACGGGUCGAAUUUCUCCUACAGCCUCAACCCCGAUGCUUUUAGCGGCCAAGUUCCCCAGACUGAGCUGGAGAAGAAAGAGAUGGCUGCUGAUGAAGAGGAAGUUCGUAACGCAUGUAAGCACUUGCGUGAUACGAUUAUUCCAACUUUUGUCGGCGACAUUAAGUCAUCAGAACUGCCGUUCCCUAUGGAUGGUUUAUCCUUGGCCAAAAUGAUGCAUAAACGCGGUAUUAACAUGAGAUAUUUGGGCACGGUUGUAUCUUUUUGUGAAGGUUUCAAGUUGUCACGUCUCCGAGACCUUUGCCUUCAGGAAGUGAUCUCACGUGCCUUCAAACAUGUGGCAAGCAAGUAUCUACGAUAUCUGCCAGUGCCUUUAACAUCCGCGUGCAUUGCGCAUUUGCUCAAUUGCUUGCUGGGUUCGGCUUUCAAUAGCAAACCUAUUGCUGACAUCGAUGAAUCAUUGAAGUCACUAUAUCCUGAGGCUGAUUUAACAUUCGCAAAUCUAACAGCGGAGGCCCUGCGUAAGGAGAUUGAGGUUGAAUCUGCCCGGCGUUUCAAGGUUACUUUGAACCCAGACUGGCAUGCCGGAAUCAAGCAUCUACAACUACUACGUGAUAUCUCACUGAAGCUUGGCCUUCAACUACAGGCCAAGGACUUCCAGUUUACAGGCGAACCACCCAAGAUACCCGAAAAUGUGAAUGAGAAAUCAAACGGGGAUGGUGAGAAGAGCAACAAGAAAAAGAAGAAGAAGACCAGGGAUGGCUCACCCGCCUCGAUUGCGUCCUCCAUAGCUGCGCUCUGCACCUUCGUAGCCGAUGAUAUUGUUAAUAUCGUUCCAAUUGUCAAGGAUUCAGCACCUAAGAGCUCUAUUUCCGAGGAAGCUUUGGAAGGAGGUCGUCACUCUAUCAUCCAGGGGAACCGUAAGAUCGGCCAGGAGCUGUUGCUCGAAUCGCUGACCUUGCACGAACAGAUCUACGGUAUUCUCCAUUCUGAAGUUGCACGGGCUUAUUCUACUUUGGCACAAAUAUACUAUCAAUUAGAGGAAAAGGAGGCUGCUGUAGAUCUCGCACGCAAAGCCGUCAUCGUGUCAGAACGCACCAUUGGUGUUGACUCUGCUGAGACGUUACUUUACUACCUGAACCUAGGCUUGUACCUCCAUGGCUCAGGUGAUAGCAAGGCGGCUUUAGCGUAUGUCAAGCACGCGCUUGAUCUAUGGAAGGUUAUCUACGGUCCUGACCAUCCGGAUUCCAUCACAACACUGAACAAUGCCGCUGUCAUGCUUCAACAUAUGCAGGCAUACCACGAGUCCCGCACUUGGUUCGAACAAGCGCUUACUGUAUGUGAGCGUGUUAUUGGGCCUCAGUCGCUUCAGGCUGCUAGCUUGCUUUUUCAGUUAGCACAGGCUCUCGCUCUAGAUAAUGAACCAAAGGCAGCAUUAAGUAAAAUGCGUGCCUGUUACAACAUUUUCAGGGAAGAGCUUGGUCCUGAAAAUAGUAACACCAAGGAAGCUGAGACAUGGCUCGAUCAGCUCACGCAAAAUGCAGUCGCCAUUGCCAAGCGAGACAAAAUCCGUGCUGGAAUGUUCCCCACGCGGACGUUAGGUAGCUCGGCCUCGGCAUCCACUACAUCUAAAGGGCUUGGUCACGGACGAGCUUCAGUAAAGCAAGAUGAUCGAAGCCUUGACGAACUCAUUGGGUGGAUUGAGGGAUCAUCUGCACAAAAGAAGUCUACCAAGAAGCGACCCGGUCGAGUAGCCCCAAAAACACGCGUCGGCGCUGGCGCUUCGAAAUAAAUAGCAUUUAAUUAAGCUCGCCACAGAUGAUUGAACUCAUUUUAUUUGCCGAAAGACUGUAACCUGGCCGAGCCAAGGUUAUUUCGGAAGAGCAUAGUCCUUACAUAUUGUAUAUAUUAGCAUGCUGGCUACAUUGUCGACAUCUCAAAUAUGAUAGCAUAUCGCAACUCACACGCACCAUCACAUUUUUAGACCGGCUUGGGGGUUAGGAAUGGAAAAGAAAAAGCAUCGGGAUAAAAGUCUGGAUCCCAUCAUGGGUUCGGUUAAGGCUGGUCUGGUGUUCUCCAGGGGAUAACUAGUGGUAACUAAAUCUCUUCAGGUAUCUUCUUAACGCAUUAUGGCUUGUAUGAAUGAACCGUGUGUGUUGUUUGUGAAAUCAUCACCACUUAUAUAAUAAAGAACUACUUCCCUCCUGCUUCUUCCAAA